CCCCCAAAGGUUGAAUGAGCGCAGUCUGUGUCUGGACUCAACUCAUCCCACCGCCUCUCUCUUUCACACAUUCUCUCACACACACAUUCUAUCUCUAUCUCCCACUUUACAAGACCAGCAUCCCCCAAGCCCCGAGGCUACCAACUGUGGUGUAGUUCCCGAUCUCAUUGCGUUUCCGGCCUGUGCCCAGAUUCUCACUACGCACCUCUCCACUACUCACCCUGCUCACCAGUCUUUUUCUCUCUUUCUUCUUCUCCUGCUCACUUUCAAUUAUUCAAACUCACAGCCUGCCUAUUUCAAUUGAAUUCUGAGGCUUUGCAUUGGCUGUGGACCAUUGUUACUCAAUCAGCAGCUGACUCCAACGACCACGUUUUCUGGGUUUGGCUCGGUCUGUCUCCCAGUGCCGUGUCGUGCCUGUCCAGCUGCGGGCCAUUCCGCCUGACCCUCGAGAAGACCUCCACACCUGACCCGUCUGCGCUUCACGCGGCUCCCGCUUACCACCAUGCAUGAGCAGUGACAUCUCUAUCUCUUGAUUAUUCUUCAUAAUUGCAACCCACUGGUUCCCUUCAUCGACUCAUCGAAUAUCUGCCUUGACCAUACUCCUGGUCCGCCCUUGACGGCGCCUUUGUCGAUUCUUAUCCCCCGAGUCACGCCUAAGCUGCCUCCUCUGUCCAAUCGCCCUCGGCAGGUUAAGCGCUCAACCUCACGGUCCUGUGAUAGUUUAAUCGCCCGCUCACAUCUUCCCCCGGCCGCGUCUACCAUUCCUCUCCAGGCUUCAGGAGGUCCAACGCCAAAACCAACCCCGAUCUUACGCUCCGGCAAUACGUCAUUUGCUCUAGACCCGACCAAGGGGUUCACCGUCCAAGCGCCCGACAGUCGUCAUCGCUGUAUCAGGGCUGUAGGCUUGUUUGAUCCCUUUCUUUUGCUUCAGGAGACCGGGUGGAUAAAGGAGAGUAGGGGGUACACAUAAAAUCCUCCGACCUCUGCAAAGCCCUAUCGAGCGGCGGAGUCAAGUUUCAUUUUUGGGCGGGCGACAUGGCCGUCUCAGCCUCCGUUACGCAUGACACAAUCACCAUCGGCGAGUCAAUGUCGGGCUCAGAGAAUGCCACCAGAGGAUUCGUCGCUGUUAACAACGGGUCGGCCGAUGAGAGCGAUGUCUCAAGUCGCCUUUCGUCUCCCCAGGAUAUUGUCCAGAAAGUCAGCGAUAUGCCAGCUCGCCCUCCAAGCGGUGCAUUAUAUCCGCAUCCACAAAGCCAUGACGAGAACCACCAUAAACGUAAACGGUCCAGCUCUGAGGAAGUCGCCAAAUACGACCAACAUCGCCAGUACUCCUACACCCCACCCAAACGACCCGAAGCACAACACAUGGCCAAUCGAGCCCUACGAGUGUUAGGGAACACGGAUCCGAACGGCUCAAGUUACCACGUCAACGGCACAAGUGCCGACUCCAAUGGCCACAGUUGGCCAUCCCCUCCUGGCCGAUCUGGACACCCAUCAAUGCAGGCGAAUGGCACGAGUGGCCCCACGUCAGAUGCGCAACUGGCCGAGGCCUUGCAGCGGGAAACCAGUGUCCAAGAAGGCCAGUCGCAAGGCUGGGAUGCGGAGGCUCAGGCAAACGGUGAGGCAGAUCAAGAACGAUUUGCAUCUGACCCACAAUCCGGCGUCUCCAUGUCAGGCCCUAAGCGCAAACGGAACUUCAGCAACAGGACCAAGACAGGAUGCUUGACAUGCCGUCGACGGAAGAAGAAAUGCGAUGAAGCGCAUCCUAUCUGCUUGAAUUGUCAAAAAGGCAGUUUUACGUGCGGUGGAUAUAGUGUGACCCGAGGUCUGUGGCCGGCGAAGCCCACGCCAGUCAAGCCUCCGGUACGUUUACAGUCCAAGAUGGAUGGGGGUGGUGACGUGUCAGAGUCAUCGCCGUACCAGCCUGACCGCUCCGCCGACGCCUCACCCAAUUCUGCUCGCCCUUCUGCCCAAUUUGAUGGCGGUCAGAGAAGAUCCAUCUCCUCAGUAGAGCAUGACCACCAACGUCAACAACACUAUCCUCCUGGACCAGCUUACAACGAGACCAGAAGUCGGGCCCCGUACCCCGUUCCACCGCCCCCUCAACCACAAACUCAACCUCAACAGUGGCCACCACAACAAAGUCAGUCUCCAUAUACAACAGAACAUCUUCCCCCACUUUCGGAUCUCAACCGUCCUGACACCAAUUCAAAUCCUCCAUCGCGAGACAUGUCUCGACCACCGACUCAAGUAUCUCCUCAUUCCCAAGCACCUCCCCAUCCUCUACCGUCCUCUCAGGCUCCGCCACCUCCGCCACCUCCUUCAUCCCAUCAAGCGCCGCCGCCGAGCAGGCCGUCUCCUAACACGCAUCAACCCCCAGUGCCGCCUCCAUCAGCAUACGCUCCACAUGCACAUGCACACCCGGCUCCUGGACCUCCGCCUCCUCAUUAUGGAUAUGGACCGCCGCCACCACCACCCGAAACGAGACACCAAUACCACGCCCCGCCGCCGGAACACCACACUCCGACUCACAUGAGGAUGUCAUCGGCGAGCUAUGAGUCGCACAAAUCCACGGCAAGGACGUUCAACAAGGAGGAUGUGGAACGUUCCAAGAUGCUGCGGCAUACGGCGUACAACCACUUUGAUCCCACGUUGGAGGAUGAUCGGAAGCGUUGUCAGCAAGCUCUCAAACGAUUCAACCAAGCGGCGGAACUUGGUAGCGGGGUGAGCGUGGAAGAGCAACGCAAUAUCCUGUUGAAAGUGUUUGAUCCCAGCAAGGACACAACUCACCGGUUUUUAGCUGCACCCAUGGAGAAGGGAACACUUAGCCACGGGGUGAGGAUUGAGUACCCGUUCAAGUGCACGUAUGGGUACAACAUCAAGAUCAUGGACAGCGUCUACAUCGGCAGUGGAUGCAAAUUUGACGAUGCAGGACGAGUGGACAUUGGAGCACGCACUUGGAUUGGUCCCGGAGUGACCAUUGUGACGACGGGAGUGAGUGAAGAAAUGAUCGACCGCAAGGGAAGCGGCGGAUCAUGGAAGGCGAGUCCCGUGACAAUUGCAUCGGAAGUUGUGAUAGGAGAAGGGGCCAAGAUCUGUCCAGGCGUGAUCAUCGGCAAAGGUGCCACGGUGGAACCUUUUGCGUUGGUCAAGGAAAACUUGGGAGAAUAUGAAAGGCAAUGUGCUUAUCAGGGGCCGAGGAAGAGAUAAGAUGUUGAGAUGGGCCUGGACGUUUCGUCGCGGGCCAGGAACAGUACGAUUCCUGUUUGAUGACCAUGUCGAUUGAAUGGAGGGGGAUUUGAAAUGGGAUCUCUCACAGUGCCAGAUACCUGCUGAUCAUGAGAUUGAUUGUAUGCUCGGAGAAAUACAUGGCUACGACAUGGCUGUGGGAUUAGACCAAACACAGCGUGAGCAUUCGAGGAGGCGAUGGAUUAGUACUUGUUUAUCAUGUUCAGCGUCGAUAUUAAUCGACGACCAUUGAUAGUCGACGAUCGCUGGCUCGUGAUUUAGCAACAGAAAUUGCAACUUGCGGCCCGAGCGCGUGUCUGUCUC